CCUUACAUGGCAACGACAACCCCGCCUUCUUCAAUGGCGAAACGACAUCGUUCGCAGGUUCACGACGGCGCAGCUGCAGGCACGGCGGAGCUCAACUCUGUUUUCAUAGACACCAGCCUCGGUACUCACAUCGCCGUAUCCGUAUGCAGCUCCGACACAGUUUCAGACUUAAAAAAGAAGGUGACUGUGGCUCAUAAGCAAUCCUUUCCGGAAAUUGGUGAGAUAGAGGUCCACUCUGUGAAGUUGGAACAGAGAUCAAACUAUUAUCAUCUGUCAGACGAUAUGCUUGUUUGGACUGCGUUUGGCGAGGUUAACAGAAAUUGGUUUCUUUCGGUCACAGCUUCCAUUGUCCCCAGACAUCUCUCAGGAAGAAGCUCUAUGAAUGAUAUUUAUGAUGAUUGCAACGGUUUCAUAUCUGAUAGGAACAAGAAUGCAAUUGUUCUUUUUGCGUUGCCGGCUCGUGCUGCUCAAAAUAAUGCUGUUUCGGAGACCACUGAUUCUCACACAAGUAUUUAUGCAGAGGCACAUUGUAUGGGAACCGAGUCUCCUGUGAAGAAGAAACGUAAAGUGAGGCACACAAAAGAUGAAAGUCAUAAUUCUGGAUUCGAAGGUGGCAACACCAUGUUUUGUUCAAAUGAUAAAGAUGUGAAGCCUAAUAUGUCCCACUCAAUUGUUAAGGUCUCAGGUCUGAAGAAUGACGAAUAUGAUGAUGAGGGGAGGCUUCUGUAUGACAGAACUUACCUACCCAACGUAGCAGAAAAAGGUAAUUUUGGAAGCAUUUUGGACUACCAGAACCUAAAUGGUACUGAGAGACCGAAAGAGGACAAUAGGUUUGAGAGUGUGGUAAAUGAACUGGACAAUGAGGUUGUUUCCAAUUUUAUACAAGGUUCUUCAGCUGGAAUGAGGGAUGCUGCUUGUGAAGGUGGAGAUGUCAACACAUUGGGGAAAAAAAAGAAAAGGAAAUUUGAGAAAACAGCAGAAAACAAUCAUGAUAGAACAUAUAUGGAGCACUUUGGAAAAGGUGAAACGACCAAGCCCUCUACUCUUAAAAUGGAAGAAGGAAUGGGUUUGUCAUUAGAGAAUGAUCAUGAAGUUUUAAUGCCAUCAAACAACAAAGCUUCAGACCAUGUUAUUCCAGAUUUAUCACCGAAGGCAGAAAUCCUUUUGCAGAAUGCAGAAAAGAGUAGUUUUAUUGAUCAGAACUCCCAUAAACGUUUAGAUUCUGAUGAGAGAAAAGAAGACAAUGCAUUACAGAGUAAAAUAGAUCAUGAAGGCAAGAUGUUCCAUCAAUGCAUUCAGAGGUGUUAA